ACUAAGGAAUGAGCACAAACGAGAAGGUUACAUACAGAGGGAUCAGGAGUUGAGUUCCUCCAAUGGGUACACAAGGAACUUCUUUGGAUUCAGCUUCGCGUGCUGUCGAGCACAAGGCCUUUGCCAGGGUAGGACUGCUUGGAAACCCGAGCGACGUAUACUACGGCCGUACGAUCUCUUUCACGCUCGGCAACUUUUGGGCUUCAGUCCGUUUGCAGCCGUCCGAGGAGCUCGUCAUCAAGCCCCACCCCACCCACGAUCUCGUUCAGUUUCGCUCCCUAGAUCACCUGGUGAAUCGAUUGAAUAAUGAAGGUUAUUAUGGGGGUGUACGAUUACUUAUGGCAAUUUGUAAAGUGUUUCAUAAUUAUUGCAAAGAUAACAAGAUUGACAUUCAUGGGAAAAAGUUCACUCUAUCCUAUGACACUAAUAUCCCUCGCCAGACAGGACUUUCAGGUUCUAGUGCAAUUGUCUGUGCUGCCCUAAGCUGCCUUCUUGACUUCUACAGAGUUAGGCAUUUGAUUAAAGUGGAGGUCAGACCUAACCUUGUCCUUGCUGCCGAGAAGGAACUUGGUAUUGUUGCUGGUCUUCAAGACCGGGUGGCACAGGUUUAUGGGGGUCUUGUGUACAUGGAUUUUAGCAAGGAAUACAUGGAUGACCUGGGGCAUGGCAUCUAUACACCCAUGGAUAUUAGUCUUCUCCCACCUCUUUAUCUCAUCUAUGCGGAGAAUCCUAGUGAUUCAGGGAAGGUUCACAGUACUGUACGCCAAAGGUGGCUUAGUGGUGAUGAGUUUAUAAUAUCGUCAAUGAUAGAAGUUGCAAAUAUAGCAAAAGAAGGAAGGAAAACAUUACUAGAAAAGGACUAUUCCAAACUUGCAAAGCUCAUGAAUCAUAAUUUUGAUCUUCGGAGGAGCAUGUUUGGCGACGAUGCCCUUGGUGCUUUAAAUAUAAAAAUGGUGGAGGUUGCAAGAAAGGUGGGUGCUGCAUCAAAAUUCACAGGUAGUGGAGGAGCUGUAGUUGCAUUCUGCCCCGAUGGGCCUCCACAAGUAAAGCUUCUGGAGGAUGAAUGUCGGAAAGCUGGUUUUAUUGUUGUGCCAGUGGAAGUUGUUCCCUCUUGUCUAAAUGCCGAGGAGCUUUAAACCCUGAAACUAUAGAGUUUUGGAAUCACACCCCCCUGGCUCCCUCUUGCUCCCAUAAACCAGAAGAGAGCAUAAGAUCCAUUCGUUUAAAAUCUUCAAUUUAUUUUUUCUUUUUGCUUCUGUUUGAUUUUACCAUAUCCAAUGAUGGAGCACAUUGUAGUUCUAAACUCCUCUUAGCAUGGUAGAGUAGUGAUACAUGUAAUUACAGUUUUAUUCACAUUUUUACUUAUAAGAUUUAUUUUGUUAA